CUCUGUUUGAUUCUGUCAUCAUCCAGCUGCUAACCCCACAUUUACAUUACUUAAAACCUUUUACGUUUUUGAGUGGGAGGCUUCUUCUCUUUUUCUCACCUAAAGCUCAACCCUUUUUGGUCUGCGCCUAGUUUUUUAAUUUUCAAAUUCUAUCCGGCAAGCUUGUUAUUUUUUUGUAUCGAAUUAAAAGGAAACAAAAAAAGAAGGAAUUGCUUUGAUCUGAAGACACUAUUAGCUUGGCAGAGGAAUUGUGCCACAAGUUCAAAUUUUUCUUUUUGGGCUUUGAUAGAAGUUGAAUUCAUGUUUCAAAGUGGGAGUGGUUAGAACUUGCAGCUGUUGGAAGAAAGGUUUUAUGGGUGAUGGUGCUUUUUUUGGUGUGUGUGUGUUUUUAGCUUUUUGCAAGAUUGGAUUUUUACGAUUUCUGAAAGGGUCUUCUUCUAGAAGAGAUCGAAGUGAUUGAAUAGAUAGGAAAGUGGGCGGCUAAUUGGAUUGUUUAGGUUUGGGAGGAUGACUUUCUCUUCGAUGUUCUGCUGCAUUAAAGCUUUUGAUCGGAAGGACAAAAAGAAACAGUCAACAUGGAGGAUUUUUUCAUUAAAAGAGUUACACUCGGCUACCAACAACUUCAAUUAUGACAACAAGCUUGGAGAAGGUGGAUUUGGCAGUGUAUACUGGGGCCAAUUGUGGGAUGGUUCCCAGGUAAAGUUCUUGAAUUUUUUUUGUUCCUAAUUUUUGAUAUAUUUCAGUUAACAUUGGCGAGUAAGUUUACUCAUCCGUCUAAUUGACCUUAGGCAGUUGGUAAUUGAAUGGUACUCUAGGAUGUAAGGAUAUUAUCUAAAAUAGAAGACGUAGUGAUAGAUAUGCUGCCGUUGUGAUACUAGCAGUAUGUGUGCUGUUACAUUUAGUACCUUGGAAGAUGUAAUCUUGAUGUAGAAAACUAAUCAAAUGCAAUAAGCUAAUAAUUGCAGUUGUUGCCCUUAUCUUGAGUUUCAUUAUUAGUUCAGAAUUGGUAAACCAGAUACUGUCUCUCAAAAAGUAGAGAAGGGCUAGAUAAGAACUACGAAAGGUCCCAAAGAGUUGAAAUCAUCAAAAAGUUAUUUCCCUUCAUGACCUAAUUGUUAAUAGCGUAGACAAUCAUGCAUGCUUGAUCUUUGUCAACUGUAGACUAGUGAUGUUCAGUUAAAGUUAGGCUGAUGAUGCUGAAAUGAAUAUCCUACAUUGUCACCUGGAUUAGUUUUUGAACUUUGAGGUGACAAGAUAGGCUAGUUUUACUUGUACGUACCAACUGAAGACUCAAACAUUAUUUUCUUAUGUAUUGUGCAAUUGUUAGCUUACAUAUGUCAGAAAUCCGCUGCUCUGUCAACAGAUCUGCCUCCUCAAAAUAGUUUCUUUCCCUCACUUAGCUAACAAUCUGUUGCUGAAACAUUUGUAGGGAAGUUUGUUUGUCAUGAAAUUAAGUCUGUAGUCAAAUAACCUCUCAUCCCUAGAGCUAUUUUUGCCUAAGAAGUGAUGCUAACUACUACAAUCUUCCAGUUUGUAUGCUUCAAUAAUGAAGUAACUGUAAAAUCACACUGAGCUUCUUUUGUGCCUUUCAUUUGUUGUUUAAAGAGACUCUUCUGUUCAGUUGCAAUUUUACUAGUAAGAAAAUGAUUUAUUUGUAUGUUAGGAUGCUUUACUUGGGCACUAGUGUUUUGUGCUAAUUGGUAAAAUCUGCCUUUUAUCUUUGGUAGUCGUAGCAUUCUUCUAAUUUCAACAUUGAACAUUCUUAUGUUGUAAGCAUGUAGAUAUGUUCCUGAAGCGUUGGAAUAUUAGUGCUCUAUAAGAUAAAUGGGAUAUAGGAAUAUGUCUUUGUUGUUGAGUGAACAUAUUGAACCUCAACUCUACAAUUGAAAUCUAUGAAGUUCAGGAAAUCUCUGACGUAUUAUAAAUUGUGAAAACAAUGCAAGCAUACUUUCUGUUUUGCAGUUUUCCUUGAUAUCUUGUCAACCUAUCCUUUGGAGGCUGUGCUUCUGGACAAACUGACCCUGAAUAUAUUAAUUGUAGUUCACAUUAUUUGUUUAGCUGAUUCUUGAUCUAGAUUCUUUCGCGACUAUGACUUGUGCAACUAAAAUAUGUCUGGAUUUAUCUUUAUGCAUCUUUUGUAGAUAGCCGUCAAAAGAUUAAAGGUUUGGAGCAACAAAGCAGAGAUGGAAUUCGCCGUGGAGGUUGAGAUACUGGCUCGAGUACGGCAUGAAAAUUUGUUAAGUUUGCGUGGUUAUUGUGCCGAGGGACAAGAACGGUUGAUUGUCUAUGAUUACAUGCCUAAUCUAAGCUUACUUUCUCAUCUUCAUGGGCAACAUUCAACCGAGUGCCUUCUAGAUUGGAAGAGAAGGAUGGACAUAGCAAUUGGUUCUGCUGAGGGAAUCACCUAUCUUCACCACCAUGCAACUCCACACAUUAUCCACAGAGACGUGAAAGCCAGUAAUGUAUUACUUGAUUCAGAUUUCAAAGCUCGAGUGGCUGAUUUUGGCUUCGCAAAGUUAAUCCCUGAUGGUGCCACACAUGUAACAACAAGAGUUAAAGGCACGCUUGGCUAUCUUGCACCAGAGUAUGCUAUGUUGGGAAAAGCAUCAGAAAGCUGUGAUGUUUAUAGUUUUGGCAUUCUUUUACUUGAGCUUGCAAGCGGUAAGAAACCUAUCGAAAAGCUUAAUCCUACAACAAAGCGUACGAUCAUAGAUUGGGCCCUACCUUUGGCAUGUGAGAGAAGGUUCAGUGAAAUCGCAGAUCCGAAACUCAAAGGUGUUUUCGUGGAAGAAGAAUUGAAAAGGGUGGUUUUUGUUGCUCUCAUUUGUGCUCACAAUCGACCUGAGAAGAGACCUACAAUGCUCGAGGUUGUUGAGCUGCUAAAAGGUGAAUCAAAAGAGAAAUUCGUUGCUCUAGAAAAUGAUGACAUGUUCAACAACACCAAGCCUGCUGAUUUCAACGAUGGCUUAUCAGGUGCUGAAGAUAGCUCAGACUUCAUAUCUGAGGAGAAAGAAGUUCAUAAAAGAGCCGAAGGAGUCAAAGAACAACAAGAGGAAAUUGAGAAAGUCGAAGUCUAGCAAACCAAUACAAAAAUAUUUCUUUCUGGAAACUGAUUUACGUGUGUUAGUGUGUACAUGGCAGGAAAAUUGUAUUUUCCAAACUUUUAUUGAGUGUAUUAUUUGUGGUUUAUUUUGGUACAUGUGAUGCAAAGCAUCCACAAUACAGUUUCUAGAAUUGUAGUGUUAAUGAGAGAAUAUGCUUCCCCACCCACACACACACACACACACACACAGAAUUCGUAUUUCUUAACACACCUAUAAUUUAAAAC